GCUGCCCGACGGACCGGACCGCGAGGCCGCUGGGCGGCGGUGGGCUCCUGCUGCCCCUGUGCCGAGACCCCGCGAACCUGGCCAGGUGGACGGCUGUGAUCUGCCCAAAACAGUGUGCCGCACCCCACACUGCAGGCAGGAAGGAGAACCAAGUGCCUAGAGUCAGCGCAGUGCCCCAAAAGGAAAGGAAGAGCACUCAUCUUGGGACGAGCAGACAGGCCCCUGGCCCCAACAUGGCCCGUCGCUCCCAGAGCUCCUCGCAGGGGGACAACCCAUUGGCACCUGGGUACCUGCCACCUCACUACAAAGAGUAUUACCGCCUGGCAGUGGAUGCACUGACUGAGGGUGGGCCAGAAGCCUACAACCGCUUCUUGGCAUCUGAGGGGGCACCUGACUUCCUGUGCCCUGAGGAGCUGGAACAUGUGAGCCGCCACCUGCAGCCCCCACAGCAUGUUUCACGGGAACCCCCUGAAGGCAGUCCUCCUGAUGUGGACAUGGAUGGCUCCUCAGGCACCUACUGGCCGGUGAACUCAGACCAGGCUGUGCCUGAGCUGGACCUGGGCUGGCCUUUAACCUUUGGCUUUCAAGGCACAGAGGUCACCACACUGGUACAGCCACCUCCACCAGACAGCCCCAGCAUCAAGGACGAGGCUCGAAGGAUGAUCCGCUCUGCCCAGCAGGUGGUAGCUGUGGUGAUGGACAUGUUCACAGAUGUGGAUCUGCUCAGUGAGGUGCUGGAGGCUGCAGCUCGUCGGGUCCCAGUCUACAUUCUGCUGGAUGAAAUGAAUGCGCAGCACUUCCUUGACAUGGCUGACAAGUGCCGUGUCAACCUGCACCAUGUGGAUUUCCUGCGUGUCCGCACUGUGGCAGGCCCUACCUAUUACUGCCGUACUGGGAAGUCUUUCAAGGGGCAUGUGAAGGAGAAGUUCUUGCUGGUGGACUGCGCUGUAGUGAUGAGUGGGAGCUACAGCUUCAUGUGGUCCUUCGAGAAAAUCCACCGCAGCCUGGCCCACGUGUUCCAAGGAGAGCUGGUCUCGAGCUUUGACGAGGAGUUCCGCAUCCUCUUUGCACAGUCGGAGCCACUGGUGCCCUCAGCUGGGGUGCUGGCCCGCAUGGAUGCUUAUGCCCUAACCCCAUACUCUGGGGCCGGGCCUGUGGUGGGAGUCCCUGGGGUUGGGGCGCCCACACCUUUCUCUUUCCCUAAGCGAGCGCACCUCCUAUUCCCACCACCCCGGGAAGAAGGUCUGGGUUUCCCUUCCUUCUUAGACCCUGACCGCCACUUCCUAUCCGCCUUCCGCCGUGAAGAACUGCCCCGGAUGCCCGGGGGUGCGCUGGAGCCACACGCUGGGAUGCGACCACUCAUGCGUCCAGCUGAAGCCGCGCCUGGCGCAGAGCUCACAGGCCCACGAGGCUUUUUCCAGGCACGGCAUUUGGAGAUGGACGCCUUCAAGCGGCACAGCUACACGGCAGCCGAUGGCGGAGGUGCAGUGGAGAACUUCGCAGCAGCGCGGCAGGUGUCUCGGCAGACGUUCCUCAGCCACGGUGAUGACUUCCGUUUCCAAACCAGCCACUUCCACCGCGACCAGCUCUACCAGCAGCACUACCAGUGGGACCCACAGUUUGCACCUGGGCGCCCCCAGGGACUAUUCGAGAAGCUGCGCGCUGGCCGCCCUGGCUUCGUGGACCCUGAUGACUUUGCGCUGAGUGCAGGGCCUCGCUUCCCAGAACUCGGAGGCGAUGGGCACCAGCGGCUGGAGUACGUACCAUCCAGCGCAUCUCGGGAGGUGCGCCACGGCUCAGACCCCGCCUUCGGACCCAGCCCCCGUGGCCUGGAGCCAAGCGGGGCCUUGCGCCCCAACCUGGGUCAGCGCUUCCCAUGCCAGACAGCUGCGAGGCAAGGCCUGGACACCGCUCCAGAGGCGGAGCCGGAGCGCAGGGGUGGGCCCGAGGGAAGGGCCGGGCUGCGGAACUGGCGCCUCGCCUCCUACUUGAGCGGCUGUCACGGCGAUGAUGGGGGAGAGGAGGGCCUACCCAUGGAGGCCGAGGCCUAUGAAGAUGAAGUGCUGGCUCCUGGCACCCGGGACCUGCUCCCCUCUGCCUUCCGCGUCCCCGCAGCCUUCCCGACCAAGGGACCAAGGCCUGGCUCUGGAAGCGGUGGUGGCGACAGCUCCGAGCGCGAGGGCCCGGAGGAGACCGGCCUGGCCAAGCAGGACUCGUUCCGCUCGCGCCUGAACCCGCUUAUCCAGCGCAGCUCCAGGUUGCGCUCUUCGCUUAUCUUUGCGUCACAGGCCGAGGGCGCUGGCGGGGCCGCAGCGACCAGCUCCGAGAAGGUGCAGCUGCUGCACAAGGAACAGACGGUCAGCGAAACUCUGGGGCCCGGCGGGGAGACCGUCCGCUCCAGCGCCUCGGCCAAAGUGGCGGAGCUGCUGGAGAAAUACAAGGGCCCGGCCCGGGACCCUAGCGGGGCGGGCGGGGCGGUCACUGCUUCCAGCCACAGCAAGGCGGCAGUGGCCCAGACUUGGCGGGAGGAGGUGGCAGCUCCAGGUGGAGCGGGAAUGGAGCGCCGCAGCCUUGAAAGCUGCCUUCUGGACUUGCGCGACUCCUUCGCGCAGCGGCUCACCCAAGAGGCGGAGAGACAUCCCGGGGCGGCUUCGCUCACUGCCGCCCAACUGCUCGACACCCUGGGCCGGGGUGGCACGGACCGCCUGCCCUCCCGCUUCCUCUCGACCCAGGGCCGCUCCAGAUCUCCGCCGGGACGGGACAGCCCACCGCCCGAGGGGCCCGGAGCGCACCAGGUGCCUUAUUCUGAGCCAAAAGGGAGCCCUACCUCAGCCUACCCUGAACGGAAAGGGAGCCCCACGCCUGGGCUUCCCAAUCGGAAGGGCAGCCCCACCACGGGAUUCAUUGAGAAGGGGAGCCCCACCUCAGCCUACCCAGACCGCAAGGGCAGCCCGGUGCCCCCGGUGCCCGAGCGCAGGAGCAGCCCGGUGCCGCCCGUGCCCGAGCGCAGGAGCAGUCUCACUUUCUCGAGCGAGGCUCAGAAGGCUGGACCUGCAGACGAGGUGGCUGGAGGCCCCAUGGAAGUCCUGAGAAAGGGCUCCCUCCGCCUCAGGCAGCUGCUGAGCCCCAAGAGUGAGCGGCGUGGGGAGGAUGAGGGCAGCUUCCCCACCCCGCAGGAGAAUGGGCAGCCCGAGAGCCCCCGGCGGCCGUCGCUGGGUCGGGGCGAUAGCACAGAGGCCUCUGCAGGCGAUGAGCGAGGCCCGAGGGCGCGCCUGGCUUCAGCCACAGCCAAUGCCUUGUACAGCAGCAACCUGCGUGAUGACACAAAGGCCAUCCUGGAGCAAAUCAGUGCCCAUGGCCAGAAGCACCGCGGGGCCCCUGCCCCAGGCCCAGCCCACAGCAGUCCCGAGUUAGGCCGCCCAACAGCUGCUGGAGACCUGUCCCCAGACAUGUCAGACAAGGACAAGUGUUCAGCCAUCUUCCGCUCAGACAGCCUAGGGGCCCAAGGCCGGCUCAGCCGCACACUGCCGGGCAGUGCGGAGGAGCGUGACCGGCUCCUGCGUCGCAUGGAGAGUAUGCGCAAAGAGAAGCGUGUCUACAGCCGCUUUGAGGUCUUCUGCAAAAAGGAGGAAGCUGGCAGUCCUGGGGCAGGAGACAGCCUGGCAGAGGAGGACACUAGGGACAGCAAGAUGGGCAAGUUCGUGCCCAAGAUCCUAGGAACGUUCAAAAGCAAGAAGUGAGUGUCCUGACCAGGACCCUGCAUCACUGCCAUGCUGCUCCCAGAGUAGCAUCUGGCUAGGGGGCUCCCUGGCCAUUUGAGUGAUGACUGCCAGGCUAAUGCCGAAGCAGUCUGAGACCUGGCUGAGCACCACAUGAGCUCAGCUCCACUUGAACUCGCCAGGCAGCUGCACUGCCUCUCACCCUUGGCCUCUCCUUGAGCCCUCUGCCUGGUGCCUUUCUCUCCCAUCCUUUGAUUGGCACCCUCACCUCCAUCUCCAACCAUCUACUGUGCUUGGGUCCCCUUUGGGCCUUCUUCGCCUCAAGGACCCAUCUCUGUGCCUUAUGCUCCAUUCCUGCCCCCUCCUCCCUGCUUUUUUCUUUUCUUUUCUUUUUUUUUUUUUUUUUUUGCCAAGAACUUGCA